AAAAACAUGUUAUGUAGAUAUAGUUCACAAUAUUUAAAAACAUUAUUUUAACAGGAGCGAUUUGUUAAUCCAUAUAGAAUGUUUGUUCUCAUAUCAGCCGCUUGCGCCGCGCCGUCGCGUCAUUCUGAUAACGUAUCAUACUUACUUAAUUACACAUACAGUUUUAUUAUUUGCUCUUUACAUCAUUAACUUCUAUCCGUAAAAGUCAUGUCACAAAGAGUAGCUAUCGUCACCGGCUCCAAUAAAGGCAUUGGCUUUGCUAUUGUGAAGGGUUUGUGCAAUAGAUUUGAUGGCGUGGUGUAUUUGACCUCAAGAAAUGAAGCCAUGGGAAUAGCUGCUGUGAAAGACCUCAAUGAUCUCGGCCUAAAGCCAAAUUACCAUCAGUUAGAUGUUGCUGAUAAGGACAGUGUUCGUAAGUUCCGAGAUCAUAUCAAGGAGAAGCAUGGAAGAAUAGACAUACUUGUCAAUAACGCUGGUAUCGUGUUAGGAACGGGCUAUGAAGACUGCAAAAAGACUAUUGAUAUUAACUAUGGCGGAAUUAAGAAUGUUGAAGAACUCCUAUUUCCGCUGUUAGUGGAAAAUGCUCGGGUACUACAUAUAUCCAGUGACUGCGGUCAUUUAUCGAAUGUUAAACAUCCGGAGUGGAUAAAAAGAUUAUCUUCAAAAGAUUUGACGAGAAGUGAUAUCGAUGAGUUUGUAAACUGGUUUUUGAAUUCUGUGAGAGACGGGACAUUUAAGAGAAGCUAUAUAGCAGAUUUUGGAUCUAUAGCAGCUUACAGGGUAUCCAAAGUAGCUGUUAGUGCCUUAACGAUACUGCAACAGAAGGAAGUGGAGUCGAGGAAUAUAUGCGUUAAUUCAGUACACCCAGGACUAGUCUCUACGGAUAUGACCAUGGGUAUAGGUGUUCUCAGUCAAGAUGAGUCAGCUAAAACACCGUUGUAUUUAGUACUAGAUGCUCCUGGCACCAUCAAAGGAGCUUAUGUAUGGUAUGACGGAUCAAUUGUGGACUGGUUUGACCAUAAGACCGAUUAUUAUUUCAAAACAAAAUCGUUUAUUGUACCAGCUCUUAAAAAAUAUUGUACUCCUCUAAUUGUGGUAAUAAUAGCUAUACUUUUUGUUUAUUCUUUUCGAAUUAGGAUUGGAUUCUAAUAUUUUCCAUUAAAUAAAAAGUAAAUUAAUAAUGGUAUUUAUUGGUAUUGUCAAAUAAAGAAAAAUAUUUAAUCAAUCAAAUAAGUCAAUGAUAACACAUAGAUAACGAUACAUUUAUCAGUCCUUGGACGUGAAUACGACUGAUAAAUUAGUAUAAAACAUCACUCGCCCUGAUGAUGUUGAAGGUGGCUCUGGUCACUGACGCAGACCAGGGAAUCGGUACGGACAUCGUGAAGUAUCUGAGCAAGAAGUUUGACGGCGUUUUUAUUUUCACCACUCGGGACGAAGAGAAAGGCAUGCUCGCUACCACUGCUUUGAAGAACCUCGGCCUUAAAGUAGAAUAUCACCAACUGGACAUCUCGAGCAGAGAGAGCAUAACGCGCUUCCGCAACUACAUCCAGCUGAACUUCAGUGGCAUCGAUACUUUAGUCAACAAUGUCGCUAUCGAUAACAACGGUGCCCACAUUUGUGAAUCUUUCGAGAAAGCAAAAAAAAUCGUGACAGAGUAUUAUUAUAGCUAUGUAUUGAUUCAAGAGUUGUUGUUUCCUUUGCUCGUUGAAAAUGCGAAAGUGAUUUACGUUUCAAAGCAAAGUGAUAUAAGCUGUGUGAGAAAUGAGUAUUGGCACGAGAGACUGUCUAUGAAACAUCUAAGGGAAGCUGAUAUAAAUGAUUUCUUGGUGUGGUAUUUGGACUCACUGAAGAAUGGAACGUACAAUCCCGGGGAUAUCGUGGAGGAUGGAAUGGUCGCGCCUUACAGGGUCGCCAUUGUGGCGCUGAGUUUGCUGGUGAUGCUGCAACGGAAGAAACUGCUUUUGGGAACCAUAUCCGUGGAUUUCUUCUAUCCUAGAUGUUUUUUUAAAAGUCUUUUCAAAUGACACAAAUAUUGUUAAUUUUUAAAUUUUUUGUUUGACUGAUUUUUACAUUUUAAUGUAUUUAGUAUAUGAAUGUUCAUAAGAGGUAAAUAAAUAAGUUUUGAGUA